GAGACGAUCGAUUCAAUUUGGCCUAAAAAGAACUCUCAAUCUGCACAGCGUCUUUAUUAUUCUACUCUUUGGUUUUCGAAUCCAAGUCUCGCAAACGGCAAAUCCAAAUCCUAGGGAACUCCAUUCGAAGCGUAGAAACUUGUUCAAGCAGUCUUCGCUGGUGCAGCUAUGGCGACUAUGGUGAGCUCGGCCUGUGGGCUCCUAGCCAUGCUGAACGAGGCCCAUCCCUUGCUCAAGCUCCACGCUUUGUCCAACCUCAACAACUUGGUCGACAACUUUUGGCCCGAGAUCUCCGCCAGCGUACCCGUCAUAGAAAGUUUGUAUGAAGAUGAAGGGUUUGAUCAGCAUCAAAGACAACUGGCUGCAUUGCUUGUGUCAAAGGUUUUCUAUUAUUUGGGUGAACUUAAUGACUCACUUUCCUAUGCCCUUGGAGCUGGUUCCUUAUUUGAUGUGUCAGAGGAUUCUGAUUAUGUCCAUACUCUUCUAGCUAAAGCCAUAGAUGAGUAUGCCAGUCUUAAGUCUAAGGCAGCAGAAUCACGUACUGAAGCAGCAAAUGUGGAUCCUAGAUUGGAGGCAGCUAAAGGUAUAAUUGAGUAUCCCCGUCUUAAGUCUAAGGCAGCAGAAUCAAGUACUGAAGCAGCAAAUGUGGAUCCUAGAUUGGUGGCAAUUGUAGAGAGAAUGCUGAAUAAGUGUAUCAUGGAUGGAAAAUAUCACCAAGCUAUGGGGAUUGCAAUUGAAUGCCGAAGAUUGGAUAUACUUGAGGAAGCAAUCAUAAAAAGUGAUAAUGUUCAAGGAACUCUGUCAUAUUGCAUAAAUGUUUCACAUUCCUUUGUUAAUCUUAGAGAAUAUAGGCGUGAGGUACUUCGCCUUCUAGUCAACGUGUAUCAAAAGCUUCCCUCCCCAGAUUACUUGAGCAUUUGUCAGUGUCUCAUGUUCUUAGAUGAACCUGAAGGUGUUGCAAGCAUAUUGGAAAAGCUUUUGCGCUCUGAAAACAAGGAUGAUGCACUCUUGGCAUUUCAAAUAGCCUUUGAUCUCAUAGAGAAUGAACAUCAAGCUUUUCUCUUAAGUGUGAGAAAACGCCUUUCCCCUCCCAAGCCUCAGCCUUCAGAAUCUCCGCAGCCAGAAUCCAGUGAAGCUGCUCCAAAUGAAAAUUCUGCUCAAGAGGAUGUUCAAAUGACAGAUGGAGGACCUGCUUCUAAUGUGAGUGUGCUUGAAGAUCCGAAUGAAGUGAUGUAUUCUGAGAGGCUGACAAAAAUUAAAGGAAUUUUGUCUGGAGAGACAUCAAUACAGUUGACUCUACAAUUUUUGUACAGUCAUAACAAGUCCGAUCUUCUUAUUCUGAAGACAAUAAAGCAGUCGGUUGAGAUGAGAAAUAGUGUAUGCCAUAGUGCAACCAUUUACGCUAAUGCAAUUAUGCAUGCUGGAACAACUGUGGACACGUUUCUUAGGGAGAAUCUGGACUGGUUAAGCAGAGCCACAAAUUGGGCAAAAUUCAGUGCAACAGCAGGGUUAGGUGUUAUUCACAGAGGCCACUUGCAGCAGGGAAGAUCGCUGAUGGCACCUUACUUGCCUCAAGGUGGGGCUGGUGGUGGUGGCAGUCCGUACUCAGAAGGUGGUGCUUUGUAUGCUUUGGGUCUCAUUCAUGCCAACCAUGGCGAAGGCAUCAAACAAUUUCUUCGUGAUAGUCUACGCAGUACUAAUGUUGAGGUUAUUCAACAUGGUGCAUGCUUAGGUCUUGGCUUAGCAGCCUUAGGAACUGCUGAUGAAGAGAUCUAUGAUGACUUUAAAGGUGUGCUCUAUACUGACAGUGCUGUAGCAGGCGAAGCUGCUGGGAUCAGUGUGGGUCUGCUUAUGGUUGGAACUGCUAGUGAGAAGGCUAGUGAGAUGCUUGUUUAUGCACAUGAGACACAACAUGAAAAGAUCAUCAGGGGGUUAGCUUUGGGAAUUGCCCUGACGGUAUACGGAAGAGAAGAAGAAGCAGACACUUUAAUUGAGCAGAUGACAAGGGAUCAGGAUCCCAUACUACGUUAUGGUGGUAUGUAUGCAUUGGCACUGGCCUACAGUGGGACAGCAAACAACAAGGCCAUUCGACAGCUGCUGCAUUUUGCUGUGUCUGAUGUGAGUGAUGAUGUCAGGAGAACUGCCGUUCUAGCACUUGGGUUUGUCUUGUACUCCGAGCCAGAGCAGACACCAAGAAUUGUCUCCCUGCUAUCUGAGUCUUACAACCCGCAUGUUCGAUAUGGUGCUGCUCUUGCAGUUGGCAUUUCCUGUGCUGGUACUGGCUUGAGUGAGGCCAUAUCUUUGCUAGAGCCUCUGACUUUAGAUGUUGUUGAUUUUGUGCGCCAAGGUGCUCUCAUCGCAAUGGCUAUGGUCAUGGUCCAGAUUAGUGAAGCCAGUGAUUCUCGUGUAGGAGCUUUCAGGCGGCAAUUGGAGAAAAUUAUCCUUGAUAAGCAUGAAGACACCAUCAGCAAAAUGGGAGCAAUCUUGGCCUCUGGAAUUCUUGACGCUGGUGGAAGGAAUGUGACCAUCAGAUUGCUUUCUAAAACAAAACAUGAUAAGGUCACUGCAGUUGUCGGCCUUGCUGUUUUCAGCCAGUUUUGGUAUUGGUAUCCCCUUAUUUAUUUCAUAAGCUUGGCAUUCUCACCAACAGCUUUGAUAGGACUAAACUCUGACCUGAAAGUUCCGAAGUUUGAGUUCCUGUCACAUGCAAAACCUUCACUGUUUGAAUAUCCGAAACCAACCACUGUGCCAACUGCUGCAUCGGCUGUUAAACUUCCCACAGCUGUCUUGUCAACAUCAGCUAAGGCCACGAAAGCCAGGGCCAAGAAAGAAGCAGAUCAGAAGGCAAAUGCUGAAAAGUUAACUGGGGCAGAGGCUUCCUCUGCUAGUGCAAAUACUGGGAAAGGAAAACCAUCAAGUGAGAAGGAUGGGGAUUCAAUGCAAGUUGAUGGCCCAACUGAAAAGAAAUCAGAGCCUGAGCCCUCUUUUGAGAUUUUGACCAACCCAGCUAGGGUGGUUCCUUCUCAGGAGAAAUUUAUCAAAUUUCUGGAAGAAAGUAGAUAUGUGCCCAUUAAGUUGGCACCUUCAGGCUUUGUGCUCUUGAGAGACCUGCGGCCAACUGAACCCGAGGUGCUUUCACUUACGGACACUCCCUCUUCUACAGCGUCACCAGCUGGUGGAUCAGCAACAGGACAGCAGGGUUCUGCAUCAACCAUGGCAGUUGAUGAGGAACCUCAGCCUCCUCAGCCCUUUGAAUACACUCCUAAUCAAUGAGCGAGGCAGAAGAUGUAUUCUACAGUGUUCAGUAAGAUUUUUCUCCUUCUGUACAGUGAGGAAACAAUAGAUUUGGCACUUUCUUUUUUCUUUUCACAUGUGUUCCUUUUAAUGUAUCUUUGUUUCAAAGACCUUUAGUUAUCAUCUUAUUUCUUUUUCUUGCUAGUCAGAAUGACGCUAUAAAUAUGCAGUUGAUUUGUUGGCUUGCUUGCUUUACUAGUUAAAAUUUUAAAUUUUCCCGGCCACAAUGUAGUCAUGAUUAUUUGUAACUAUCAUGUAUGGUGUAAAAAUGGAUGGAUCCAUUACGUUUUGGGUUGAUUACAAAUAGAGAUAACACGUCCUUACAUGUGGUAGUUGCAUAUUACCACAUCGAUA